AUGGUAGAUAGACUAGAAACCACCGGACCUGUAACCACGACAAUGACGACGACGACAAUCGCCUCACCACAACCACAACCACUACAAAAUUCAACCAUUAUCAAUGCUUCACCCAAAUCAGAUGUAAACAAAAUUCAUAGUCGAACAAGCACAAUUGAUACCUCGGCCACUAGCACAUUUGAUAAUAACAAGUUACUAAUAUCAACAGUAUUGUAUAAACGAUCACGCCAUACUCGUCAAUGGAAGAAAAAGUGGGUAGUGUUAAGAAAAUGUCAAUUGAGUUAUUAUAAAGACUCCAAGGAAUACAAACCAUUGAAAGUUUAUCAUGGAGAGGAUUUAUUGUCAUUUAGUAUUAUUCCUGAUCAUACUAAGAAUCAUUUUGCAUUAUACACUAGUAAUAAAGUAUUACAUUUUAGAGCACCUGAUGAGACAACUUUCCAUCAGUGGGUAGAUACAUUAAAUGAGUAUUUUAAUAGUCAAGAAAAUGAAGACGACGAUACACAGCUACUAGAUCAGCAACAACAAGAAGAAGAAGAAGAAGAGGAUAGUUUGAACAAAGAAGAGCCAAGAGUAUCUGAUGUAGAUCCAAGUCCAGAAGAAGAUCAUGGCUCUCAAGUUUCAUCACCUCCUGCUAACAAUCAACAAACUUUACCGAUUCAUUCAAUACAAAAUAAGCAACAGGCUCAAGUGAGGAGAUCAACUUCUUUGACUGAUUCAAUCAAUACUUCCACUGAAUUUUCCGAUUGCAGUUCCGAAGCAUGGUCUACUAUAGACUCACCAAUCACACCAAGUAAUGCUGUAAAUAUGAAUAAUGGGUCUUCUUUGUUCAAUACAUUGGAUGUUCCUAACGAAGAAGAUGAAAGAAGGAGAAUUGAGCCUUCUGUGUCUUCCCAUCCACCACAACCACCACCACCAAUUGAAUCAACUAAAAAUAAACCACAACUGUCUACACCAAACACUGAUUUAGUUGAAUCAGUUAUAGAACAAGGAUAUAUGACCGUAUUAAAGAAGAAAUAUAAUCGUAACCUUACUAAACGAGUUUACUUAGUGUUAACUAAUGUGAAUUUGAAAGUUUACAAAACACAAGAAGAUUAUCGUACUGAUUCUCAACAACAACAACAACAACAAUCAUUUGAAUUGAUUUAUAAAAAUUACCCUAUUAAUGAUAUUUUGGAUAUUAUAGAAUUAGACCCCAUGACUUCAAAAUAUCAAUGGUGUUUAUUAAUUAUCACUCCAUUGAAAAGAAUACGAUUCUGUUGUCAUGAUGAAGAAGAUAUGAUGAAAUGGUUUUCAGCACUUAAAGCAGUGGUUGUUACUCAAAAAAAGAAACAAAAAGAAAUGAGUUAA